AAACUUUGUUUCAAUAAAACCUGCAUUUAAGACCAGAGAGGCCCCUCGGGAACCUGAUUUUUCCAGCGCAAGCUUGAGUUUUGGGUUAUGGACUCAUAAUUUGACUUGUCCAAUUGUGAACCUUAUCGAAACAAAACACAAUCUAAUGAAGUUAAUGGAGAGAUAAAAAGGGAGCGAAGAGUCUCUUUUAAGUUCACUGUUACUCUCUCUGUAGGAACAUCAAAAGGCGUUGAGUCGACUAAAGGGUUCAAACAUGCCUUAUAUUCCACCACACAAGAGGCAUUCAAAGGAUCCAACCAAACCUGACCCUGUUCCAGAUUCUCUUGAUAUAAAAUUCAAGAAAAACCUCAGCUUGAACAGUAGCUGUAGCAGUGAUAAAAGCAACCGGAUAGUCUAUUCAGGAGAUUCCAUUUCUAAAUGGUUUCUUGUUGGUUCAAAUGGAAUCGAGGAUGAGGUUCCUUCGUAUGUUAAGUUUGUGCCCUUGUCCUCGGAUUCUGUCGAGUGUAGAAAAGGAGAAAAGCCUUCGGUACUGAUGCUCAACAAUGUCCGAAACGAGAGUGAAGAAAAAAAAGAACAGUGGCUGUUAGUAGCAGAGAACGUUGGGGAGGAUCUUGUGUUGGCUUAUGAGCGAGCUAAGACUAAAAUGGAGGAGCAUCAUCAUGUAUUGAGAUUGGUUGCUCGGUUUGGUAAAAUUUUCUUCUAUGGGCAUCAAGGUAGUCCUGUGAGUGAAUGUUCGCUGAAAAACUCUAAGACGUUCUCUACAGAUGUCCCAACGUCUUACUUACAACACAUUAAGUCUGAGGUUGUACGAAGCCAUGGAUUCUCUCUUGACUUGGAAAAGGAAACAUACACCGUGAAGGUAUCACACCAUACUCGUCCCAAUGCAACCAUCAACUGCAAAUGUAGCCUCAAGGAAGAUGGACGGCUCAGUAUGUACAAGGCCGAGCUUAAUCCUGUAAGGCAUAUGGUUGUUGAUGUGUCAUGCAUUGACAAGAAUCUCGACAUGAGACUGAUGCUCUCUGCUAAAAGGAAAAUGACGUCUCUCACAGAUAAAGAGAUAAGCAACAUUAAAGCACUAUUGGAUUCAGCGACUGUUGAUCCAAAUGUGAAAGGCGGUUUAAGGUGGCCAUUCGGUAAAGCUUCAUCCGAGGAUGGAUACAGACUUUUUGAAGCUUGUCACGUUAGAGCUACUAUUUACAAAAGCCAAACUCUAAGGCUUAGGGUAAGAGAGACUGAUAGAUUCAAUGAGAGGGUUGGAACAGGGGAGAUCAAGAGGGAGAUUACACUGAUACUUAAAGACCUAAACUCUAAGUUACAGGAGCAGAACAUUGAGAAAAGUUGUGUUUUGGAAAUGCUUUGUGGUACUCUUGGUUCUAUAUGGGACUUCUUGCAGUGCGAUGCCUAUCUUACAUGAUAAAGGACCAUAUGAUGUUGCUCGUUCUAUUGGGGUUGUCUUUUUACUUCCUGAUGUGUGUUGGUUCGUUUUAUUGGGUUUCUCUUUUACUUUCUGCUGUGUGUUGGUACGAUAAUGUUUUGGGUUUAGGGUUUGAACUUAUGGCAAGUUUCAUGUAUCUGAACUUGGUAUCUAAAAACAGUAAACCACAUUUUGGUUAUGAAUGUGACCUUGACUCCUUGAGAUUUGGAA